GCGACAGUUUUAGUUAUUUUUGCGGGAUGUUAGAUGGACUAGCUUUUUUACCAUUACACAAAAUUUAUGAAGGUAUGAACUAUUUAAAAACUGUUGUUUCACCAGAAGCUAAUGAGUUACUGGAGUACUUUGAUUGUACAUACGUCACGGGUACGUACAAAAAAGUUGGUUCGGAAGAAUGUAUAAAACUACGUGGAAUUAAAGCGUUGUAUCCACCAGAGAUAUGGAACGUGCACGAAUCGACAUUAAAUGAGGAACAUCAAACAAACAAUAUAUGUGAGAGCUGGAAUAAUAGAUUCAAACAUGUAGUGGGGCAUAACCAUCCUACGAUAUGGAAGCUAAUUGAUAAAAUGCGACAGGAAAUUAGUGUAGAUAUCGCAAAAAUUGAAUUGAAUGAUAUUGGGCGGCUAACAUAAAAAAAAAAACAAAAUACUUUAGAAUACCGUCUCCAGAUACUAUGUCGAAGAGCUGCUGCAAAUAACGAACCGGUUGAGCUGAUAUUAUAAAAUAUUUCGCAUUGCUUACGAAAAAAGAGUAGGGAGUAGUAACGGUAAAUUACAUAAUAUAUAAAAUAGUCAUAAUAAUUUAAUAUAAUACAAGUAAUUUUAAAAUAAUGAUAAUAAUUAAUGCAUAGUUAAUUAUUUUUUUUAUAUAUAUUUUAUUACCUU